AUGGCGUUGGAGAAGGCACAAGUCAUGGUUGCGAGAGGUCUCAUGAGUCUCGCUGCAAUGGAAGAUUCAGCGUUCCAGACCACGUCAGUCUGCCCGUUCUAUUUUGUCGGUCUAGGCUGUACUUGUUGGUCAGAUAGAGAGGCACUCUUGAGGGAGAUCAACAGACUCGCGAUUGCCCAGCGAUUGGGAUACAUCCGAGUGUUACGGGCACUGCUUCGACAGAAGUGGCAACAAUACGACCAGGAUGGCGUUGAAUCUUGA